AUCAAAAAAAAAAAAACAACUGGCUGUUCGUUGUGGAAAAAUGGCAGGUUGUCUGUACAGAAUAAAAUAUGACAAUGGAGAGAAGUGUAUUUCAUGUAAAGGGAAAUGGUUUACGCCCGGACAGUUUGAGGAGUUUGGAGGAAAAGGGCAUCACAAGAAGUGGAAGGGUAGCAUCUAUUACAAGCCAUCAAAUGGCCUUCAACAAGUUAAAUUGCUGAAACUCAUACAAAAUGGGUGUCUUUCAGAAUUUGGACAACUGAGAGAGUCAAAUAGACAGGUGACACAGACAGAUAGAGACGGUGCGAACUCAGUGCAAAAUGUAACAAGGAGGAGUGAAUUAAUUAACUCCUUAAAAGGUUUUCCAGAGUCCUGGAAAAGACUGUUUUCCAAGACUCUGGAAAUACCUGUGUGUGGAAUUGACAAGAAAACAAUCCUGCCGGACAGUUCUUCGGAAGAGUCUGUAUCUGUUGCUGAGAGAGUCAAAAUGAACAGGAGAGAAUCUGUGAUUUUAGCUGAAACUGUCAGUAAAAAGAUGACAGAACCGGUAGAAUCUACUGCCAAUGCUAGAGAUUCAUCUGCACCUCCCACUGAUGCUACAGAACCUGCAGUAUCUCCUGUCAUAGAGGAGGCCAGUCAGACCACAGAUGAAGCAGCAGCUCAGCUGAACUUCAGUGAUUCUCCUGCUGAAUGGCAGAAUCCUGUUGUUUCUGAAGAGACUGAGAAGACCAGCCAGAUGCAGCUAUUUGAAUUUCUGGCAAACCAGUUUAAUACUAUCAAUAACACCCUACAAUCAAUUGAUUUGUCUUUAAAGAAGCUGGUGGAAAAACAGUCACAAAACACACUGCCUCAAUACAUCAGUCUAACUCCUGCUGUUAUUGAAAAUCCCCAGAUUAACUCCUUAGUCAAGAAGGAGCAAAUUACGGAAGUUUUAAAUAGUCAAGUAGACUAAAGUUUGACACCGAACAAAUUAGGGGUAGUACUGAGGCUAUGAUUAAAAGUAUAUAUAUCUUUAUUAGACAAUUAUUACACAAGUUUGGUUUUAAUGCGCAAUAGCCAAGAAAAUUAACACCUUUUGGUAAACUUUUUUUACUGUUUUUGUCACAUAUUUAAAAUGUGAAAAUCUCAGUUUUAUUUUAUUUCAGUUUUUUUUUUUUUUUCGUGUCAUUUUCCAGAAACAAAACUGCAUUGAGGUUUCAAUCCACAUAGACUCAUCAUAAAACCAUGAAAAAUUUACAGUAAACUAUAAAUGUUCCUGUUUUGUCUCUGGGUCAGGUUAUUAACAGGCAAAUGUACCUAUAAUCACUUUUGAUCACUCAUAAUCAGCUUUAUUAAUUAGAUAUCAUUACAAUGUAUAAAAAAUUUUAAUAUUCUGGGACCCUACAUAGAAUAAGUUGUUUGGAGGAUGGAUGGAUAGGAUGUUUCUUAUUUGAGGAUUGCUGUACAGCUACAAUCUUUCCAUUGCAGCAGGCAUUGUUUUUCUCAAUAUGGGAUGCAGGUGGCAGUGUUGUACAGAACCUCUGUUUUUCUGUUAUUCUUUAUAGACCUUUCACUGUCAAUGUCCAGAUACCUUAAAAGUAAGAUGUGUCAUUUCUGUGAUUGCAAAAAUAAAAUAGUUUUAAACAGUC